ACCCGAUCAGACCACUUUCUAAUUCAUAUACCCAGUACGAUGUACACGGUUAGUAUCGACUAUCGACCUGAAGCAGCCCUGCUCGAUAUUGCCCAGACACUUUGAAGGCGAUGAUCCCUUGGCAGCCUUACUGGGCUUCACGGAUGCCCUACAUGACUCUACCGGAGGAACCACCGUCUGGGCCAACGCGACGUUAACAAUUUGCCAAGGUGCUUUUCGAGGUCCUACAGAUGAGCCCGAGAAUUUCCCACCAGACAGAUCGUGGAAUUGACCAGGGGCGCCCACCCGGUAAAAGAGGGAUCGGCUCCGCCGUUCCGACAUUCUGAGACAGCCUGAGACACGGCGCCAUGUGGGCCCGUACAGGUACUAUCGCCGUGGCCUUCGAGAAGUCGGCCACUGUGCCGGACGCUGGCGGAAAGCCUGUCGACUCGUCUUGGAUCCGUGCGUCUGCAUCACCGUGCUGCAGCCUGCAUGACUCCGUACUCCCCUUCCCCUGCCCUCCCCCACUUGCGUCAAAGCUUGCCCUGGUCGUUAGAGGUUGACAAUGGCCAAGUGGACCCUCCUAUCGCAGCCAUGGAGCAUCGUGUGGAUUAAUUCUCGUUCCACCAAUGAAUCUUGGUACUCGAUAGGGCGACCAGCCAGAGCAAUGUCUCCUAAGUCAAGCUCUGUCUGUUGAAGCUUGGCUGCAACGACUGAUAUAAAAGCCACCUGCUCCGAACCCUCAGCAACCUUUUUCUUCUCUCCAACCCAUCGCGUUCAUUCAUUCUCUCUUUUACCUUAUCUCCUUUUGCUUCUGUUGAUCAGGCUAUUCAUUCUUUCUCUACCCUAAUUCCAGCCAUUCGUUUCUGUUGACCAGAAACUUCUCUAUCAAUAUGCGUUCCUUCCAGCUCCUCGGUCUCGCCGCUGUCGGCUCCCUCGUGUCCGCCGCCCCGGCUCCUUCUCUGACCAAGAAGGACUCUUCUUGCACCAUCACCUCUGCCGCCGAGGCCACCGAGAGCGUCAAGGGCUGCUCCACCGUCAUCGUCAAGGACGUUGAGGUCCCCGCCGGUGAGACCCUCGACCUGUCCAAGGUUGACGAUGGCACCACCAUCACCUUCGAGGGUACCACCACCUUCGGCUACAAGGAAUGGAAGGGCCCUCUGAUCCGUAUCGAGGGUAAGUCCCUGACCGUCAACAUGGCCGAGGGUGGCCUCAUCGACGGUGACGGCUCUCGCUGGUGGGACGGCAAGGGCACCAACGGUGGCAAGAAGAAGCCCAAGUUCCUGUACGCCCACAAGCUCGAGGACUCCCUCAUCUCCGGCCUCAACAUCAAGAACACCCCCGUCCAGGGUGUCUCCGUCCAGGCCACCAACACCCUGUUCGAGAACAUCCACAUCGACAACUCCGACGGUGACUCCAACGGCGGCCACAACACCGAUGCUUUCGACGUCGGCGAGUCCGACGGUGUCCAGAUCCGUGGUGCCGUUGUCAAGAACCAGGACGACUGCCUGGCCAUCAACUCUGGAAAGAACAUCGAGUUCAGCGGAGCCACCUGCUCCGGCGGCCACGGUAUCUCCAUUGGCUCCAUCGGCGGCCGUGACGACAACACCGUCAGCAACGUGACGAUCGCCGACUCGACCGUCACCAACUCGGACAACGGUAUCCGCAUCAAGACCAUCGUCGACGAGACCGGUGACGUGUCCGGCGUGACCUACUCCAACAUCGAGCUCUCCAAGAUCCACAAGAAGGGCAUUGUCAUCCAGCAGGACUACAAGAACGGCGGCCCCACCGGCGAGCCCUCCAACGACAUCCCCAUCAAGGACAUCACCCUUGACGGCAUCACCGGCUCCGUCGACUCCGAUGCCGUCCCCAUCUACAUCCUCUGCGGUGAGGGCAGCUGCACUGACUGGACCUGGUCUGGUGUUGACCUGUCCGGUGGCAAGGACUCCACCUGCACGAACACUCCUUCCGGUGUUUCUUGCUAAAUGGAUCGUCUUUAUAUCCUUGGUAACCGAUAGGGAAGUUGUCUCUAGGCUCUAGAGAGUACAGCGGGCCAGCCAGCUUGAAGGAGGUGUAUAUAUUAGAUCAACGCUUCAUAUAAUUCCAUCCACAGACAAUAUAAUCACUGGCCUUUGAUAUACUAUUGCCAGAUAAUC